AUGACUAUAUCCCCUCAACCCAGCCAUCAACAAUUCGAAUCUUAUCAAUGGACUACGGAAUCUCGUAGUAGUCAACAGAGACAUGGCACCGGGACCCCGUCUCAGGAUGGUCGGCUCUCUGCGAUUCCGGAUCCUGUGGAGCGCCACGUGGCCCGGUGGCGUAGUGAGAGCAGGAAUUCCAAUAAGGAUAAGGUGUUCCGUAAUGAUGAGGAGUUUAGUCAACAAGACGAGAUCGUUAAUGGAACACUUACCGCGUUGAAAAACGAUGUCGAGCAGACGACCGAGAUCAUUCGUCGCAAACAAGAACAGAUGAGAAUGGAACGUCGUCAAUUCCAAACCGAGAUGGAAGUCAAUGGUAGAAUCUCGAUUGAUCCGACCGACGAUUGGCUGGCCGCAAGGUUGAAAGCUGUUAGCUCGGAUGACAUGAAUCAGCAGCUUGUCAAGCUGAAACAGGAUCAGAGACAAAACGCGGUGACCGACACAUUGGCGGCCCUUGUUUACGAUGUCAACGCCACGACUGAAGUUUUGCGUCGUGGACAACGUGGACGUGACGGUGAAGAUGGAAAUAAGAAGAAGAAGGAGGAAAUCGAGUACACCUUGAGACUUACACCGGCACCAGAGGAACAAAUCCCGCAGAGGCCAAAGAUUCCAGAGGACGACAAUAUGGAGACAGACGACUACUCCCGCCAAUACGGAGUCCAAAUGUCCGAGGAGACCGAUAGCCUGCGCCGCCGCCGCGCCCGAAGCACAACUCCCCGCCGAACGCUCCACAUCUCCGGCUCCCCACCGCCACCGGCCGCCGCAGUCUGCGCUUACUGCAGUGAAGAAAUCGACGGCGCGAUUCUGACAGCGUUGGCGCCAAACUCGGAACGGGCACAGAAAUUCCAUACCUAUCAUUUCAUGUGCACAUAUUGUCAGAAGGCACUCAACAUGCAUGGAACCUACAGAGAACAUGAUCUGAAGCCAUAUUGUCAUGAUUGCUUCUACAAGUUGUAUAAUGGAUUGCAAUACGCUCCGGAUGAUCAUCAAGCUUCCAUUGAGAAACUCAUUUAAAUCACUACACAUUUUGUUUAGUAAUGAUAUAUAUGUGUGUUUAUCUGUUAUCUUGCAAAAUAUACACGAAUUAUGAAAAAAAUCCUAAUAAUAAU